AUGUACCCCCACAGACGUCGAAACAAGAGGUGGUACAUCCGAGUGUUUUUUCAUUUUUUGGAUGUGACCAUUGUAAAUGCCUGGCGCCUCUACCUGAUGUCUGGUUUGGAAAAGAUGAGACUCCUCCUCUUCAAAGCUUCUGUGGCUCGUGCACUGAUAAAUAGUGGCACCCUCCAGCAAAACAAAAGAGGAAGACCCAUUGAGACCCCACAACCCGUGAAGCGGAAAGCAGUCACCAGAGUAGCACGUGAGGGCGAUACACAAAUAAACUGUAUUAAAUCUCCCCUCCUCUCCUCUCCCAUCUCCACCUCCCUCCUCCUCUCCUCCCUCUUCUCCUCCUCUCCCGCUCCCCUCCCUCCUCCUCUCCUCUCCCCUCUCUCCAUACAUCUCCUCCCCCUCUCCUCUCCCCUCUCUCCAUACAUCUCCUCCCCCUCUCCUCUCCCGCUCUCCUCCCUCCUCCUCUCCUCCCUCCUCUCCCGCUCCCCUCCCUCCUACUCUCCUCUACCCUCUCUCCUUCCAUCUCCUCCCCCCUCCUCCCUCCUCUCCUCCUUCUCUCCCCUCUUCUCCUUCUCUCCUCCCCUCCCUCCUCUUCUCCUUCUCUCCCCACUCCUCCCUCCUCUUCUCCUUCUCUCCCCCUCUCCUCUUCUCCUUCUCUCCCCACUCCUCCCUCCUCUCCUCCUUCUCUCCCCUCUCCUCCUUCUCAUGUGUUAUGUUAAGUUCCUCUGCCCCCUACUGGCCAGGCACUAG